GCAGGCGCAGUGCGUUUGUGGCCUAGCUGUCAACAAGAAGGCGCCCUUCUCCUCCUCCGCCGCCGUCGUCAUGUCGAUUUUCACGCCGACCAACCAGAUCCGUCUGACGAACGUGGCCGUGGUGCGGACCAAGAAGGUCGGGAAGCGCUUCGAGAUCGCCUGCUACCGGAACAAGGUCCUGGGAUGGCGGAGCGGAGCAGAGAAGGACCUGGACGAAGUGCUGCAGACGCACACGGUGUUUGUGAACGUCUCCAAGGGGCAAGUGGCCAAGAAGGAAGACCUGGUCAAGGCCUUUGGGACGGAGGACCAGACCGAAAUAUGCAAGCAGAUCCUAGCCAAAGGGGAGCUGCAGGUGUCGGACAAAGAGCGCCACACGCAGUUGGAGCAGAUGUUCCGCGACAUCGCCACCAUUGUGGCCGACAAGUGCGUCAACCCGGAAACCAAGCGGCCCUACACUGUCGGCCUGAUCGAGAAAGCCAUGAAGGACAUCCACUACUCCGUCAAACCCGGGAAGAGCACCAAACAGCAGGCAUUGGAGGUCAUUAAGCAGCUGAAGGAGAGCAUGCAGAUCGAGCGGGCGCACAUGCGCCUGCGCUUCGUCCUCCCCCGGAAGGAGGGAAAGAAGCUGAAGGAGAAGCUGAAGCCCCUGAUCAAAGUGAUCGAGAGCGAGGACUUCGACGAGCAGCUGGAAAUCGUGUGCCUCGUGGAUCCAGGCUGCUUCCGGGAGAUCGACGAACUGAUCCGGUGUGAGACGAAAGGCAAAGGGACCCUUGAGGUGCUCAGCCUGAAAGAUGUAGAAGAAGGGGAUGAGCGGCUGGAGUAAUGUUGUCCCUCUCCGCUUCCCAAAACAAGGACUUGGCAUUAAAGGACUUCCAAAAAGGCCUGCCUUGUGAGGGGCCCAUUGCUAGUGCCUGGUUUGGUUUGGAGUUUUGUUUGGGUGUUAUGUCCUCUCCCUUCUUUCCUAACUAUGGCAGGUGACAACAUGCAAGGGUACCUUAGAACACCCCUCUGCCACAUGAAUCCCAUGGGAAUGGUUGUGGGUUCUUUGCAUGGAGGGGUUUGAAAUGCCAGUAAAGUACCAAAAGGCCAUUGAAGGGGCCAGGCUGGUGGGUCAGGGCUCAGCUCUGUGUAUCGGAGAAGGGAACAGACCAUAAAGAUCCACAGCAAAUUACCCAGCCAGGGAUAUUAGGGACAAGCUGACCAUAGCCUGCCUCAUAGGAGGCCUUAUGGGACUUGGCAUACAGUUGAGGGCUGGAUGUCUGCAUGUGGCGCUCCAGAAACAUGUCAGAACCACAGAGGGGUUUAACCAUCCAUCCUAGAAACCUGACCCACACCCUCCAGGCUCCUCAACCCUACAGUCUCACUCUGAAUGAGCCAAAAGACACAGAAACCAUUAGUUAAGUAAUCUGAGUCGGGGUGAGAGACCAUUUACAACAACCUGAUCUAGAACCCAUUAUUAGUAACAUAAACAGCCUUUCCGUUUCCGCUGAAGAGCCACCUGCACUUCCCCGUAAGAAACCUGCCUUUGUUUGGAGGGUUCCCUUUCUGUUUGUAUCGAUGUGUGGUUUGAGAAUAACCAAAGGAAUGAGGACUUGUUGGUUGCUGAACAGUAAAUGCCAGGAGGGCUUUUGGGGUUUCAUGCUGCUUUUAAGAUGUGCAUCUUGCUUGCGUUUUGUUGUUCCGUCCCACUCCUAGGAGCCCAGUGAAGAGAUGCGCAGCCUUGAACCUUCUUGAGUAUUACACACUAAGACAGCAAAGUUAUAUCUAAUAUCUAUCUAUAUGUAUAUAUAUGUACCCCUGCUACUAUUGUACUGAUGAGAUGUCAUAAAUUUAAGAGGGAGUUGAUACACA